UCUCCUUGUCAUUUGAACCAUGUAAUAACAACAUUCACCCCACUCCCACAUCCUUUUCGUGCGCCUGUUGAGGAAGAGAGCAAGAGAAUGGAGAAUAAAGAAAUGAAGCCACAGCCAAAAAGAGGUCUAUGGAAACCUGAGGAAGACUUGAUCUUAAAAAAUUAUAUAGAGACUCAUGGAGAAGGCAACUGGGCAACCGUGUCAAAGAGAUCAGGGUUGAUGAGAGGAGGGAAAAGUUGUAGACUAAGAUGGAAGAAUUACCUCAGACCAAACAUAAAACGUGGUGGAAUGUCUAAGGAGGAAGAAGACCUUAUUAUCCGAAUGCACAAGCUUCUUGGUAACCGAUGGUCUCUAAUUGCUGGUAGACUUCCUGGUCGAACUGACAAUGAGGUGAAGAACUAUUGGAAUACCCAUUUGAACAAGAAAAGCGUUUUAGGCAAAAGAAAAACUAUUGACUCAAACAACCAACAUAGUGACAACGAAUUAGACAAGGAGACCCUGCAGCAGGUGCAGGAUAGCAAGAAACCAAGCCAAUUCGUGCAUAAUUCUCAGCCCGUUUUCGGCAUAAGUCCAGAAAAGACAACAACAGGGAGAUUGGAUUUGGAUGAGAAGAAGGAAAUGCAAGAAGUGAAGGAAGAGAGUAGCAUUACGGAUAGUACAUGGAUGGAACGUGCGGCUCAGUGCUUCAACUAUGAGUAUGCCUACGACAUAGUAGAAACUCCACUGAUGAUGCACCCUAAUUAUUCAAAUUUUGUGUUUGAUGAAGAGCCUUUCACAUCCUACUUGGAUUCUUUUGUUCUGUUCGAAGCAUUUGGGACAGAUUCAGAUCAGUUUGGAAUCUAAUCAUUAAUUCUUGCCUGAGGGACAGCAGAGCAUACGUGGACCACCACCACCUGGAACGAGCACUUUUGCUGGCAGGCUGGCCUGCUGGGAGUUUUGAGUUUUCCAAGGGGCAAAGAGCUUUUGGCUUUAGCAGGAGAUGAGUGCAUGGUACGACUGCUUUUUGGUGAAAGCAGUGUUUGAGCGCUGUUGAGUGUAAGCAAGUCAGGAUUAUAAUUUUAA